AUGGGUUCUAUCUCAAUUCAAAAUUGCAUUGGUUUCUUUUGCAUUUGCUUCCCAAAAUUUGAUCAUUCUGAAUCAUCUCUGAACAAUGGCACUUCAUCAGCUUAUUCUAGUUUUCAACAUUCUCCUCUUUGCUGCUGGGAGCUCAUUGAGGCUAGUAGAAUCAGUACUCACCGUGGUAGAAGGAUGAUGGUAGUAAGGAAUAACAACAACGAGACAGAUCGACUUGCUUUGCUGGAGUUGAAACAAAUAAUUGUUGAUCCUUACGGAGCAUUAAGUUCUUGGAACGAUUCCAUGCAUUUCUGCAAUUGGGUAGGGAUCACAUGUGGCACCGCCCAGCAACAACAACAACAACGGGUUAUCGAGUUGGUUUUAGAUGGGAAGAGCUUGGGAGGUAACAUAUCUCCUUCAAUAGGGAAUCUCACUUUUUUGCAAUACCUCAGCUUUGAAAACAAUAGCUUUCUUGGCAAAAUCCCCCAAGAAAUCGGUAAUCUAAAUCAACUACAGUACAUUUCCUUUUAUAACAAUACUCUCCAAGGAGAACUUCCUACCAGCUUGGCCAACUGCACUCUUUUAAGAGAAAUCGACUUCUCCCGUAACAACCUUGUGGGGAAGAUUCCAGUUGAAUUCACCUCUUUGUCAAAGCUAGACAUAAUUUCCAUUAAUUACAAUGGCUUAACAGGAGAAAUACCAGCUUCUUUUGGGAACAUUUCCACCAUCCGAGUUAUCUCUUUGGCUAGAAAUGGAUUGCAAGGGAGCAUUCCUGAAUCUCUUGGUCAGCUAACAAACUUAUAUUAUCUAUCACUUCCUCUGAACAACCUGUCUGGCACGUUCCCUGUCUCACUAUAUAAUCUCUCAUCUCUUCAAUAUAUUUCUCUACUAGGAAACCAAGUGCAUGGGAGCCUUCCACAGGACAUUGGCCUUACUCUUCCAAAUCUCAAACCACUAGGAAUUUCAACAAACCUUUUCUCAGAGAGGUUUCCAAAUUCCAUCUCCAAUAUUUCAACACUUGAAAUAAUAGAUCUCUCUCAUAACAGUUUUAUUGGACCAAUCCCUAACAACUUAGGCUAUCUUCAAAAUCUUCAAUUAUUCCUUAUGGAAGAAAAUCAAUUUGGAAUAGGGGAAGCUAGUGAUUUAAAUUUUGUAAAUUCUUUGGUCAAUUGUACAAAUCUAAGGACUGUGAACCUAAUACUUAAUGGUUUUCAAUGUCCCCUUCCCAACUUUAAAGCCAAUCUCUCAACACAGCUCUCAAUCCUUCAUUUUGGAUGGAAUCUAAUAUCUGGAACCAUUCCUGCUAGUAUUGAGAAUCUGGUGAACUUAACCUCAUUGGACAUGGAGGUUAAUUUUCUCGAAGGUAAUAUUCCGUCUAGUAUAGGGAAGCUUCCAAAACUUCAAAGACUAUUCUUAAAUAUGAAUAGACUUUCAGGACAGAUACCUUCCUCUACAGGCAAUCUCACUCUUUUGUAUGAACUUCAUUUAGAUUUCAACAAUUUGAAUGCAAGUAUUCCUUCCAGCACUGGAAAUUGUCAACAAUUACAGUUCCUAACCCUUAAAAACAAUAGCCUUCAAGGUCCAAUACCUAAACAACUUUUUCUUAUUUCCUCCUUAUCAAUGUAUCUUGACUUGUCUUAUAAUUCUCUGGUCGGUUCCCUACCAAUAGAAAUUGGUAACUUGAAGAGUCUUUCUACAAUAGAUAUUUCCAAAAACAGAUUGUCUGGAGAAAUCCCCUCCUCCAUUGGUGAUUGUAAUAGUUUGCAACAGCUUUAUAUGUGGGGUAAUUUCUUUGAGGGAACCAUUCCUCAAUCUUUGAGUCUUUUGAAGGGCCUUCAAGAUUUAGAUCUCUCAUACAACAACUUAUCAGGGCAAAUCCUGAUAGAUCUACAAAAUCUUUUAGCAUUGAAGAGUUUAAAUUUAUCAUUCAAUAAUCUUGAGGGGGAGGUACUUGCAAUAGGAAUCUUUGGAAAUGCAAGUGAGAUUUUAGUGAAUGGAAAUGAUAAGCUUUGUGGGGGAAUUGCAAAGUUAUAA